UGAAAAAUAAAGGAGCGUGACAAGUGAAAAACAAGCAUGAUCAUUCCUCUCAAUCUAGAAAAUACAUUUAUUUUUGGAAGUCGUCCAGUGAUAUUGUUGUUUGUGUUGCCAUUUAGCGCACAAAAACUUCGGCUGAGUAUCUCUUAAAAGGGUUAUCUAAUAGUUCUUUUCGAGUCUUUACAAGCAAAAGAAGGAGAAAAAUUAAUAUCAUGGAGGACAGUUUCGAUUUUUCUGAUUGUCCUUACUGCAUUAGCUUUUAUAUUGACGAGGAGUUUGUGUUUAUUGAUGGCUUUAAUAGCGGAUGCACCACAGGAAAACAGAUAGAAUUAUAUAAAGGGAAAUUUUGCAGGGCCUCUCUAUUAUACGAUGCAACCACAGGCCAAAUUUUGGGUGAAGAAGAUACUGCAUACAAUCAAAGACCUUGGGAAGAGAAUGACACAAUAACCUAUGUUGAGAACAUAUUCAUGGAAUUAAAUAACAUCUAUCUAAAAAGAAAAUUACUAUCUUACCAAAAGAAUUUACACGAUAGUAUCAUUUUACAUGCAACGGUGAUGUUUCUGAGAAGAGCCGGUAGUCGCUUCCGAACAAGGUUCGGAAUUAUGAGCCAAUGGAUUUCCAGUUAUCAUUACGUCUUCAAUAUGCCCACACACUGGGAUCCUACAAUAAAAGAUGAAAUAAUAUGGCCCCUUUUUGUUGAGGCCGAGCUGGUGAAAGAAGAUGAUCAUCGCAGUAGAAUAUUAUUUCACAAUCAAGUAGACAUAAAGUUAAAAGUGGCUACAUCAUACCACAAUGGUUUGAGAAACAGUUCUUAUGUCAUGUAUGGAUUAAAAUUCUUGGGCAACAACUUGAUAAUCACCAUGGAUUUAUUUUCCGUUCAUCAUUGUUCCGUAGUUAUAUUGAAAGAUAAAUCACCUAUAAGAUUAAUAGAGUCGAUAUAUUUUACCGUACCGCUCAAAUACGAAACAAGUAAUGGUAUAGAGGCAUGUCUCGAAGCAAGAGGUAUUAUUGCGGAUUCAAACUUGAUUCAGCAAUUAAAUGAGCUGGUCGAAGAAUUCAGCACACUACAGUGCUUCGUUCGCGUCCCAGAAGAGUAUACAUACAAACCGUUUUCCGCUAUCGAAGCAGAAAAUUUGGGGUUACUUGAAGAUCAAGUCAUUAGCAUACAAUCAAUAACCAUGCAAGAGGUCCUAAUAGAAGUACUUGAUGAUAUCAAACUGGCUAUUAUGGAAAAAAUGAAUAUUUUUUCUAAUUACGGACAUGUCUUGUGUUGGGAAACUAUUAUAGCACUUCAUCAUACAUUGCAAUCUGAAGAAUUAUGCUGGACCCAUUUUAUUCUGUUUCAUUCAUUGAGCCAAUGGCUAAUAGAUUAUGGGAUGCAACAAUUUAAUCAUGUACCUUUGGUUGUUAACAAGACCCCAAAUUGUUUUGUUACUUUGGAAACAAACACGCUGCUAGAUUGUAACAACAGUCAAACAAAUGAAGUAGUUGAGUCAUUUAUUAACCAGCAGGACCCUUUGAUCCUAUCAGAUUUAGCAGAACCAAAUACUAGCGAUAUUUUUUCAACCUCACAUUUGGACGGGAAGCCAAGCUAUGUUAUAAAUAUAGAUGUAUCUAGUGAACGGACUGGAUUUAUAUGCUCAAUUCUGGGCGAUCAGAAUCGCGUUAUAGGAUUUACUGAUUAUUUAAUAUGCGAAAUUCCAAGUUUGACGCAAUAUUUUGUGCAGCCCGAAAUUUACCAAAGAGGUUUGCUUAGAAUACCUACAAGAAUAAAGUCUUUAGUAGACGUCUAUUUUGGAGAUGCCAUAAAGAAUUAUUCAACAGAACAAGAUUUUUAUCUAGAAGUUAGACCUGGUAUUAAGAAACUUCUUACCGAGUGUCCUUUCGACAAGUUCUUUUUCAGAAACGAGGACGAUUUCAGCGUAGUGGAUACCAAUUUUUUGACUCUUAGCAGACCCGGAUAUAGGCUUUGUUUUGUAUAUAUUUAUUUGGCAUAUGUGAACAAGAUGAUAUCAGUCCUUAUGGACACAGACUUUGGAGAUAAUUGGAAAGAAAAGAAUGUUGGAUAUUUAUUAUAUAUUGAUUCAAAAGCAAAAGAAGUAUGUUUACGACGUGAUAGAUUUGAAUAUAUAUUGAAAGGAAGUUGUAUACUCAAUGAAGAGGAUACAAAACAAAAGGGCAUUAUAUUAGGGGACAUUGGUGAUGUCUUCGCUAGAAUUCAAGCGAGUUUAGGCAGUUCAACCCCAGUCAAAUCGCAUUUUGCUGUGAUUUAUAUUUGCCAAACCGACAUCUUCAUCACAGUGUAUCAAGUUUUUAAAAUUCCCUCUGAGAUUGCAGAUGCAUCUACAAGUAAAACUAGGUGUGAUCAUAUUUCUGUUGAAGACACAAACAAGGUUUUGUGUAAAAAUAUAUGGCACCGAAUCAAGUCAAGACAAACAGUAAAGUUCUGUGCCUUACACCAAAACAAUAAAGGUGCUGAUCUUGGGUCCUUACGCACGUUUAAAACUGUUAUAAAAAACAUUAGCCAUCACGUCUCGGAAAUAUUUUCUAACAGCGGAAAAUGCUUAAACAUGGACAAGGAAAUUAGUGUCAGUAUCAACAAUACAUGUAAUUGCUAUUUUCACUUGACUCUUCGUAUGAUCAUUGACUUUGGAAUGAAGCCAGUAAUACGAAACAUCACAGAUAGGUUAAAAGGAUUUCUGAUUACUAGUCUUUCAAGUUACGACAUGGCGAAUAUUCUUAUCACAGGAAAUGCAUUUAAGCUCACAUGUAACACAGCACUUUUCACAGUAUAUAUAGCAUUAGUACGCAGAGCAUUUUAUGGUAACAGAUGGAGUAUUGUUUCGGUUUUAAAUCAGGAUCCACAAGAACUUUCAGACCCAAUUAUAGAUCAGAAACUAGACAUGUGUGAAAUUUUCGCGACAGGAAUGAUGAGCAAGGUUUUUAAAUAUACAUAUGCAUUAUGCAUCAAGUCUGUUGUUAAAGACAAGCAAUUGUACUCUGGAAAUUCGUCUGGCGCAUACAUAACUACCAAAGAACAUAGCACAGUUUAUGGCGAUGACCUAAACAUGGCUUUUGUGGUUACGAAAAGGGGUGAUAACAUUAGUUAUAAAUUAAAUGAUGUACAGUUUUGUAUUGCAUUUAAACAUACGAACGAUUAUAUACCAACAAGUUCUUAUAAGGCAACUUUGGGCUUAGUCAGAAUACUGUCCAUAGAAAAUUUUGAUCUGCACAGUUUUAUCGCAAUAGAUGCUAUGCUUUUACAUGAAGUAGGAUCGUUUGACAUUGACUGCGAAAAGAAAAUGUACACCUCUUUUGAAUUAAAAGUACAAAGUAUGUACAUAAAUGGGUCACAGAUUAUAGAGUUCGAGCUUUGCUUACCAGAUAUAGAGCACGCAGAAAGAAAUAAUGAUAUUGGUGAUCAGGUUAUUGAUAUAUGCGAACAAUUAACGGUCGGUUACAUCUAA